CCCCAUCAUGGCUUCUCGCUCUCGCCUCUUCCCUUCUCCCACCUCCGCUCAUCUCCUCUCACCUCCAAUAUCCCGUUCUCGUCUCCAUUCCCCGACAUCAUGGUUUUCGCCUCCGCUUCUCUGCUCGCGACUGCAGUGCCCAGAACGCUCCCUCUCUCUCGCGCGCAGCGUCAUGCGCGGCCUCGCUCGACUCUCAUCGUCUGCCACAGCUCCGAACCCAAGAAGUGGCGAGCGGUCGUCUCGACCGCGCUAGCCGCUGCCAUCGUGAGCUUCGGUGGCAUUGGACCCAUGACGGCGAUGGCCGACCUGAAUAAGUACGAAGCGGAGAUGCGGGGCGAGUUCGGGAUAGGUUCCGCUGCUCAAUUUGGUUCCGCGGAUCUCAAGAAAGCUGUCCAUGUCAACGAAAAUUUCAGAAGGGCUAACUUCACAGCCGCUGAUAUGAGAGAAUCUGAUUUUAGUGGUUCAACAUUCAAUGGUGCUUAUCUUGAAAAGGCAGUUGCUUAUAAAGCAAAUUUUUCAGGUGCUGAUUUGAGCGAUACUUUGAUGGAUCGCAUGGUUCUUAAUGAAGCUAAUCUCACAAAUGCUGUGCUCGUUAGAUCAGUUCUCACACGAAGUGAUCUUGGUGGUGCAAUCAUUGAAGGUGCUGACUUCAGUGAUGCUGUUCUGGACCUACUGCAAAAACAGGUAUUAUCAUGCGUUGUGCAAGUAUGCAAGUGGUACCAAUCCGAUGACUGGAGUGAACACAAGAAAAAGUCUAGGAUGUGGGAACAGUCGAAGAAGUGCCUAUGGGAGCCCUUCUUCCCCUCUCCUGAGUGCCCCGCCUCCAAAACUGCUCGACCGCAAUGGGCUCUGCGAUGAUGCAACUGGCCUUUGUGAUGCAAACUGAGUGAAGAUUUGUCCUUAAAGAUCAAGCAGAUGCUGUACAAAUAAUAAGGUUGAAAGAAAAUUAAGAGUUGGUAGUGUAAAUCUGCAAAGCUCGUCUUUUAUGUAAAUUGAUCGGUAAAGUUCACAGUUCAGGAUAUCAAAUUUAAUUUCUGACAAUGAGAUGGUACGCUUUACAUGA